AUGGGGGAUGUGAACCAAUCAGUGGCCUCAGACUUCAUUCUGGUGGGGCUUUUCAGUCACUCAGCUCGUCAGCUCCUUUUCUCCCUGGUGGCUGUCAUGUUCAUCAUGGGCCUUCUGGGCAACACCAUCUUGCUCUUCCUCAUCCGCAUGGACUCCCACCUGCACACACCCAUGUACUUUCUGCUCAGCCAACUCUCUCUGUUUGAUGUUGGCUUCCCACUGGUCACCAUCCCCAACAUCGCGGCUGACUUCCUGCAGGGAGAGGGUUCCAUCUCCUUCGAGGGCUGUGCAGCUCAGAUAUUCUUCUUGACAAUGAUGGGUGUGGCUGAGGGCGUCCUGCUGGCCCUCAUGUCCUAUGACCGUUAUAUUGCCGUGUGCUACCCCCUGCAGUAUCCUAUGCUCAUGAGACGCCAGGUAUGCAUGCUCUUGGUGGGCGCCUCCUGGCUGGCAGGUGUGCUCAAUGCCUGUGUCCAGACCUCCAUCACCCUGCACUUCCCCUACUGUGCCUCCCGCAUUGUGGACCACUUCUUCUGCGAGGUACCCACCCUGCUGAAGCUCUCCUGCACAGACACGUCGGCCUACGAGUUGGCGCUGUCCAUCUCUGGGGUGCUGAUCCUUGUGCUUCCCCUGUCCCUCUUCGGCGCCUCCUACGGCCAUGUACUGGGGGCUGUUCUACGCAUGCACUCAGAUGAGGCCCAACAUAAGGCCAUCACCACCUGCUCCUCACACAUCACCGUGGCGGGACUUUUUUAUGGCGCAGCUGUGUUUAUGUAUAUGGUGCCUGGUGCCUACCACAGCCCACACAAGGACAAUGUGGUCUCUCUCUUCUACAGCCUCGUCACUCCCAUACGCAAUCCCCUCAUCUACAGCCUGAGGAACCGGGAGGUGAGGAUGGCUUUAGUCAAAGUGCUUAACAGAGCUGGACUUAGGCUGAAGUGA